CACAGCUCAUGACUGCGAUUGUUUGGUGACGAAAAUGCAAGAUGGCGGCCGGACAGGGAGUGCUUUGUAGGUCAUAACAAGUGCGUUUUAAACACUGUCCAAGGUUUCUUUUCACGCUAUUCGGCUGUAUUCUGUUACACCAAUAACUGGUAUUUUAAAUCUUUGGUAACUUUUUGUUAUUGUGUGCAAAAAUCCCUCCGUUGAAGGCAAAACAAACUUACCUCGUUACCCAAAACAAAAAGACCGAAUAAAAAAAGUGCAAAUAGCUACUGUAUCGAGGGGAAAAACAGGUGGAAUGGCUUCGUGCAAGACAGACCAAGAUAUCGGAGAGCAAGAUGGUGCCUUGGCACCUGGAGAUGCAAUGGCGGAAGAGCACUCGAGAGGCGAGGAGGAACACCGUGACACUCCAAACGCACAGAAAAGAAAGAGAAAACGCAAGAAAAACAAAGGCAAAGGAGCAACUAACGAAGAUGACGUGGUACUCUCAACAGACGAAAGUAUCAAAGAUCUAAGCAAGGGAGUUGCAGACAUGAAGCUUGGUGGAAAAGAAUCAGAUGUGAAUGAAAAGUCUAAAACAGCUGGACAAGAGGGUGGUAUCAAGGACAGGCAUGAAGUGGGGAUCACACAACCAUCAACCCCUAACAGGGAUCAACACGACAGGGGAGCGAACACAGAGCAGUCAGGUGGCAAGCAUAGGCGCCAUCGUAACAGAAGAAAGAAGAAACAUACAGGGUCAGAAGAUGAUGAGAGGCAACAAGUAGAUGGCGCUUUGCUUACCACUCCACAGAAAAAGAACGACUCCUUCGGCCAGACACGAAACAAAGGUGGGACUCCUGGGAAGAACUCAUCACCACGUAAAUAUAAGUGUUAUGAAAAGUAUUGGUCAUUAGAGAGUGUCUCUGAUGGCUUGAAGCGAGGAGAACUGUUAAAGGGGGCUCUUCGUAUCAGCAAGCGCAAUUUUGAGAUGGCCUGGGUGUCUGUGGCUGGACAGAAAAGGGAUGUUUAUCUUGAAGGGGUGCUUGCAAGAAAUAGAGCUCUCGAUGGUGAUAUCGUAGCUCUGAAUAUUUUGCCUAGAAACAAGUGGAAGCUAAUGAAGCAUGAAUAUGAUGCCCAUGGAGCCAGUCAUGAAGGAAACAAGACCCCAUGUAAAGGAGGUACUACUCCUCACACCCCAGAAUCCUCAAAAAACAAGCAAAGGAAAAAUGAGGAAAUCCCUGAUGCUUAUUUACAACAGACUGCACAUGUUGUAUAUAUCAUAGAAAAGAAACACACUCGUGCAGCCAGUGGAAACUUGAAGCCUUUUCAGUACAACCAAGGAGAUGUCCCUGAUGGGUUAUUCUCUCCAUCAGAUAGUCGUCUUCCAAGAAUGAGGAUCCCUCAUGCUAAAUGUCCUCUUGGGUUUUUUGACAGGCCUCAGGAUUUUGCUAGCACUUUAUUUGUUGGUAGAAUAACUGAGUGGCCAGAGAAUGCCCCUAUAGAUAAUUUCUUUGCAACUGGUGAAAUAUCUCGCAGCCUUGGUGAGGCUGGGGAAAUUGAACCUGAAACCCAAGGAAUAUUCUUUGAGUAUGGCAUUGAUCCUGGACCAUUUCCAGAUGAAGCAUUAGACUGCCUACCCAAAGAAACCCCAUGGAGCAUCCCCGAGACAGAGUUUGCAUACAGGAGGGAUUUCAGAGAUGAGUGCGUCUUCACUAUUGACCCUUUGACUGCAAGGGACUUAGAUGAUGCGCUGCAUUGCAAGAGACUUUCUGAUGGCCUUAUUGAAGUUGGAGUUCAUAUUGCAGAUGUUAGCUUUUUUGUCAAAACAGGGACACCGCUGGAUGAUAUUGCCCAGGAGAGAGCAACCUCCACUUAUAUGGUUCAGACAGUUGUACCUAUGCUGCCACGACGGCUGUGUGAAGAGCUCUGCAGUCUGAAUCCUGAUGAAGACCGGCUGACAUUUUCAGUCGUGUGGAUCAUGACGGAUCAGGGUGAGAUAAAAAGUGACUGGAAAGGCAGAGGUAUCAUUAGGUCUCGGGUCAAGAUGGCAUAUGAGCAUGCACAAGAAAUGAUUGACAAACCUAACAAGAAGUGGAGUGAUAGCGAGCUCCCACCGAUUGCUGAAGGAACAGAUGUGAGUGAGAUUGUGAAGCGUGUCAAUUUGUUGGCAAAAAUAGCUCGGCAAUUAAGAAGGAACAGAUUUGAGAAUGGUGCCCUUCGACUCGAUCAAGUAAAGCUCCAGUUCGACCUCGACAAGGAGACGGGGAUGCCCAUCGGCUACCACGUGUACCAACAGCGAGAGAGUAACAAGCUCAUCGAAGAGUUCAUGCUGCUUGCCAACAUGACUGUCGCUCAUCACAUCUACAAAGCGUUCCCUGACAUGGCGCUACUCCGCCGUCAUCCCAAGCCGCACGAGAAACAAAUGGAAGACCUGCUGGAGCUCUGCCGUAACCUGGGCAUCAAGUACAACGCAAACUCGUCGAAGUCAAUCCAAGUAUCCCUCGCUCAGUUCCCCUCAGGCUCCGCACAGCACGAGAUCUUGGUGCAGCUCACGAUGAAACCCAUGAAGAACGCGUUGUAUUUCUGCGCUGGUACCGUGGAGGAGGAAGAGUAUGGCCACUACGCGCUGAGCGUGCCGCUCUACACGCACUUCACCUCGCCCAUCCGCCGAUACGCGGACGUGAUCGUGCACAGGCUUCUAGCGGCAAGCCUGGAGCUGGCUGAACCUCUAGAUAAGGAUGCAGUUGAUGUAGACUCCACAGCCGGCCACUGCAACGACUGUAAGCUCGCGGCCAAAACAGCGGGAGAACUCAGUAGUGAACUGUUCUUCGCGAUCUUUGUGCGCGAGUGCGGCCCCCUAGAGGAGGACGGUUAUGUGCUGGGGAUCAUGGAUAUGUCGUUUGAUGUCUUUGUGCCCGCCCUCGGCGUGACCAAGCGCAUCUAUUGCAAGUUCUGUCCCGGCGUAAAGAGGUAUGUGCCUUAUGACAGAAAGGAGCAAGUCCAGCCGGAGAUCACGCUCGUCUGGGCCACAGGCACGGAGAAGAAACCAGGAAAGGAUGUGAAACAGGUGCUGCACAUCUUCUCCAAAGUUCACGUGAUUCUCACCACCGAGAGUACGAAUGGGGAGAAGAGCAAACACGUCAAAGUGUACGCCCGAUUACGGCCUCCUCAGGGCGCGGCGGACGACGAAGAGGAGGAUCUACCGGCGGAUGAGGAACAUGUAAAUGGGGACGAGGAACCCCUAGCGGAGACCACGCCCAAUGCAACUGGCGAUGAGGACGACGUGAUCGUGGAGUCUGAGGAGGAGCCUGGUAUCGAGGAGAUGAUACCCGAGGGGGACCGGGCAGGAGUUGAUGACGUCAUCGUAGAGACCGAGUCGGACGAGGAUCUUAAAGCUCAAGAAAACGCCGCCUGAAUUUAUUUUAUUAGUAUUUUUAUUUUAAACCCGAUUUUCAUUUUAGGUGUCUUUGAACUUGUAUUCUUAAUGUUUCAAUUUUAACUUUGCAACCAAGUAUUCGAAUAGAAGCGUAAAAUACGCAUUGAUUAUUUUACAAACACGUGAAACACACUUGUAAGUAGAUUUUUCUCAUUAUAUAUGGAAUUUCUUUCUGAACCACAUCAUUUUUAGUUAUAUUCGAUAUUGUAUUCUAAAUCGAUAUUGUAUCUAGAAAUAAUAAUAAAGAAUAAAAAACAACGACCUAA